AUGGCUAAUGAUCUGAAACCUCAAUGUAUCACCUGUUUGAGUAAUACGGAUGUAACGACUUGCAAUGGCUGUCAGCAAACAUUUUGCGGAAAACACACGUUUGAACAUCGGCAGAAGUUAACUCAACAAUUGGAAAGUAUCACACAGGAGCAGAGUGUCUUGCAACGUGAUUUCGAAAGAUCGCUCAAGGAUCAUAAUUUAUUCCUUAAAAUUGAUCAAUGGGAAAAAGAAACGAUUGGCAAAGUUCAAACAGCAGCGGAAAAUGCUCGUAAACAACUUCGACACUUAAUUGAGAAAUCUAGAGAACCAUUAGUCAAAACAUGUCGUGACUUAGCAAUGACUCUGCGUUCGUCUCUCGAAGCAAACGAUUAUUCCGAAAACGAGUUGAAUCGGUGGAUGAAACAACUUAUGCAGUUAAAAGCAGAAAUUGCUGUACCUGUACAAGCCAAUAUCGUCGAAAAUGAAUGGUCGGUUAUCAAAUUAAUUUCCGUUAAAGACAUGAAUACAAUGAAAAACAUGCCCACAUUCAUUGCCCAAGAUCGUUUCUCCAAAGUUAUCGGCAGUGUCACGCUGAGUGACGAUGGACUUGUUGCUAAACAUACGAGCAAUGAUUGGAAUUACGAAUAUGUUCUUGGCGAACAACGUUAUUCUGAAGGUCGACAUACGAUCCUAUUCAGAAUCGAAGAAUGCGGUUUACCGUACAACAUAUUCUUCGGUUGCAUUUCCUCGGAAGUCGUUCAGAAACGCAUAUCGAUCAAUUCCACAUCUACAGCUGGAUGGUUCGGUUUCAAUCAAGUCUAUCAACAUGGCAUCCGAAACGGCAAUCCAAGUGCACACGGUUAUAAUAGUAAUGAAAUAUCAGUUAAUGAUAUCUUAUAUUUAACAUUUGAUUGUGAUAAGAGACAAAUUGAACUAUUUCAUGAAGAUACAACUAAACGACAUGUGAUCAGUGUGCAAACUGAACAUGCACCAUUACCAUGGCAGUUAUUAAUGAUGUUGACUGAUAAAGAUGAUUGUGUACGAAUUCUUUCGGCAUCUAAACUACAUUCGGGUGAUCAAAAUCAUGCGCGGUUGGUGAUGGAAUGA